UCCCCCUAUUACCUCCCUCCUCGCGCUCGUCUCGUCCUAUUCCCCAGUUCGUCUCUCCGUCCCUCUGCUUCACGCCACAGCUCACCGCGCCCGCCGCCCUCUUAAGCCCCCCCUGCGCCUCCUCGUACUCUCGCUCUCACCACCGAACUUGCUUCCUUGGCUUCUCCUGCUCCCAGAGCUGCUUCGUUGGCGCCGGAUUCGGAGUGCCCCGGAGGAGAUCGGAGCCGGCGGCUGGGGCUCUUCCCGGACCUCGGUGCCCGGGAUCCUGAGCCGCGGUUCUUGGCUUUUGCUGGAGGCCCAUGCCCUGAGCGAGGCGGUAGGCUCUGUUCCCCGGGGAGAUCUUGCAGCAGCGGCGGCAGCUGAGGAGGAGAGAAGACCCAAUCCCUCCGGCGCCGACAUGGCCGGCAGCGACGAGGUCAACCGCAACGAGUGCAAGACGGUGGUGCCGCUCAACACCUGGGUGCUCAUCUCCAACUUCAAGGUCGCCUACAACAUGCUCCGCCGCCCCGACGGCACCUUCGACCGCGACCUGGCCGAGUACCUGGACCGCCGGACGCCGCCCAACGCGCACCCCGCCGAGGGCGUCGCCUCCUUCGACCACGUCAUCGACAACUCCGUCGGCCUCGGCGUGCGCAUCUACCGCGCCGUCGCCCCCGCCCCCAACGCCAACGGCGCCGCCGCGGCGACCCUGCCGAUCCUGCAGUUCCUCACAGGCGCGCCGUCCGCGGACCCGCUCCCCGUGAUCAUCUUCUUCCACGGCGGCAGCUUCGCGCACUCCUCCUCCAGCACGCUCAUCUACGACCACCUCUGCCGCCGCCUCGUCAAGCUCAGCAAGGGCGUCGUCAUCUCCGUCGACUACCGCCGCGCGCCGGAGCACCGCUACCCGUGCGCCUACGACGACGGCUGGACGGCGCUCAAGUGGGCGCUGGCGCAGCCGUGCCUGCGCAGCGGCGCCGACGCGCGCCUCCGCGUGUUCCUGUCCGGCGACAGCUCGGGCGGCAACAUCGCGCACCACGUCGCCGCCCGCGCCGCCGGCGACGGCAUAAAGAUAUACGGCAACAUCCUGCUCAACGCCAUGUUCGGCGGCACCGAGCGCGCCGAGUCGGAGCGGCGGCUCGACGGCAAGUACUUCGUGACCAUCCAGGACAGGGACUGGUACUGGAAGGCGUACCUGCCGGAGGACGCGGACCGCGACCACCCGGCCUGCAACCCCUUCGGGCCCAACGGGCGGCGCCUCAAGGGGCUGCCAUUCACCAAGAGCCUCAUCAUCGUGUCCGGGCUCGACCUCACCUGCGACCGGCAACUGGCCUACGCCGAGGGACUCCGGGAGGACGGCCACGACGUCAAGGUGGUGCACCGCGAGAAGGCCACCAUAGGCUUCUACCUGCUGUCCAACACCGACCACUACCACGAGGUCAUGGAGGAGAUCACCGACUUCCUCCAAGCUAACCUCAUCUAGUACAUACACUUCUGGUUGUCCCGAUCGAUGCAAUCAAUCCAUCCAUCAAAUACUACUACUUCUACUCUACUGCUCUACUACUGCCUAUAGGAACAAGAAGCUGAAUCAAUGGUAAGCUUGACUUUAUAGUACUAUCUCUUAUACUAGUACCGCCUAGCUGGGGAUCAUCUUGGAGCCCGGCAAUGGCUCGCCGCGCUGUCUUUUGGCAAAGUGAUGAUCACGCUCCAAACUGAUGAAUCCCCAUGACUGUCUGAUGAUGAUAAACAACUCGAUGGCCUCGGGCCAUCCAUCGCCUUCGUCCCACUAAUUGUUCUUGCUAUCCAUACAUGUUUUGCCUGUGGCCAGUGCCUUCCCUCCAACGUGUAUCCGCAUUUGACAAAUCGGUUGAUGGAGAGGAGCAUAUUAUUUCGCCUUCAUCUUCCUCCGCACCAGCAGCUGCUGGCUGCAUCCUAUGUCUAUCUACCAGUGAGGAGAUUGCCGUCUAACGUUAUGUGUACAGCGAUUGGUCAUCAACGACGGAGGAUGAGGGUCUUUUGUUUGUUUGUUGCUGUUGAUGUGGUAGCAGCUGCUUCUUUCAGCUACGGAUUGGACGGUGCGAGCUCUCAGCUCACCCGCUCCCGAUCCGUGUCCUACUACCCAUAUGUGGUGAUGCUCCAAGUCCAGUCUAGCCUAACUUUCUCGUCCCUUUUUCCAUGUAAUUCUGAGGAGAUCCUCCUGUACUGUCUGUAUACACAUGUCUCAACUGCCGAUGCUGUAACCGCGUCUAGUGCUACUACUUUGAUCAAUAUAUCCCUCUGCUUCUUUUUUCCCCA